AUGCAUCAGAGGCUAAGAAAUGAUCAUCACCUUGUUGUAGACAGGUGAGGGUAAAUAGCUCCAGCUAGCUCCUAUCAAGAUAGUGAUGAUUUUAUGAUGAGAGUGGCGUGCCUUUUGCGGGUCUUUUAGUUUCAGUCUUAUCUUUGUGUUUCAUUUAUUUUGUUACUUAAAAUCUUUUUUUCCUGUCGAUAGAGAAACUGUUCGAUUGGCUCUGAAAGUGAUGGACCCAGAUGGCGUUGCAGAAAGGAAAAAACACCGGUUGAAACGACGGAAGUACUUCUCCCCGGUAACUUCAACCUUCUAUUUACUAGUUAACGGUCCAAAUUCUUAUACGUGCUGUCAAAGACGGACAGGCGUAUGAAGGUAUUUACUUUUUAUUUCAGGGACCAAAUUUCCUUUGGCACAUAGAUGGCUAUGAUAAAUUAAAAGCAUACGGCUUUGCAAUUCAUGGAUGCAUUGAUGGGUAGGAACCUCAUAGAUGAAGUGCACUCGUCCCAUAAUCAGUAUGCAUGGACAUUGCUCAGUUUACUUUGAAUUUGAGUUAUCCCAAGUCUUUAUGUGCCUUGUUUCGUUCAUACCCACCAAUACCCCACCGUUAACCUUUUUUAUAGGUAUUCUAGACGGAUUAUGUGGUUGGAAGUCAGGAGCACUGACAACGAUGCUGCUGUAAUUGCUGAUCACUUUCUGGGUUGCGUCUGCCAGAUGAAAGGUAGAAUUUGGCCGGUUUGAAGUCCGUUUCUCUAACCUUCCAAAGCCCUACACGUGUAAAUAAAGACUCUUGUCGUUAUUCUUUUAAUUUUAGGGACCGCAAGGAUUGUUCGUGCCGAUCCUGGAACCGAGAAUGUAAAAGUGGAAGUCUUACAAAAAUUUUUUAGGGCCAACGGACGCGACAGCUUUUCUGGGGACAAAAGUUUUAUGUACGGAAAAUCCACAGCAAAUCAGGUAAAAAUAAUGCCAACCAAUUUUAGUUACUGUGCCUGGUUACACAUUUGCAGCUGGCUGCUUGCGUGGCAGGAGCUAAAAAGACUUAGAGAUUCUUCAUCGCGCAGCUUCAGCUAGUGUUCUCCUACCUUGUGUACAAGAAGUUUUGUCUGCCGUGCGGCUGGAUGCUUCCAACCGCACAGUUUUCUUUUUUCGCGCGGUAUCACUCUUUUUUUUUCAGGAAUGUUGUUUUCCCGGCCCAGGCUGAGUAUUCUUAUUUUCUGCCCAUUUUACGCUGACAAUUCUCUUGUACUACCUUAAAUGAUAGGUUAUGGCAUUUCUGUUUUAUAAUGUAUUGGGGUAUCAAUUAUAGUGCAGGUUUUUUUCGUUUUGUUGGUUAGUUUUGUAGUCUGCUACACAGCCGUUUUUAGUGUCGUCACGCAACGCUCCUCCCCACAAACCUGAACACAUUUUCAACAAACAAAAUAGUAUAUCCUUUCUAAAAUCCCAGCCUUGGGUUUUAUUCUUGAAACAGUCCUAAAAUUUUGCAAAUUUCACCCUCCAUGUUCUUAUUAAAUUUAUUCUUGUAAAAACGAGUGUUACUAUAAAGACUCGUUCGAAACUCGAAGCCACACAUGAAAUGUGUGGUGGUACCCAGGAUAAUGUUAUCCUUUCUUCGCAUAAUUUUUAACGAUGAUUUUUUAUGUACGCGAUCGAUCCGUGGAUAGCUUUCUUUUUCUAAAACCGUAAUUAUCUUCUUGUUUAUCCAGCGCAUAGAAGCGUGGUGGGCAUACUUGCGGCAUUCUGACAUGGAUUGGUGGAUUAACUUUUUCAAGGUAUUUUUUAAAUUGUCUGGGCGUAGUCAUAGUUGUUCGAUGUGGGCAGUAGCAAAACAUAAAACGUGUCCAAAUCGUAAUUCCUUUCGUUCAUGCUGCAGUGGCAAUCUCAGGUCGUUACGUUCUCUAUUUCUUAAUUUGUUUUCUUUUGUUUUUCAUUUUAUUACCACGCUUUAGUCUUGACAUAAGAAUAAUGUGCGAAUUUAUCGUUUGCUUUCGCAGGACUUACGUGACAGCGGUGAUUUCAAGGAUUACAAUCAAGUGCACAUGUAUGUUUAAAAACAAGAAUCGCCAAAAGGCGAUUUUAACUGGACUGCCAAGGGGCGAUUUUUCUGAGGGGAGGGGGCGGCGGUACGCACUUAUUGUACCCUUUUGGAUGACUUUCGUGACAAGGAAAAUGAGUACCAUUUUUUAAAUCGGGGCUGUAUAGUAACUUCUUAAUUCCACCAUUAUGAAUAAAAACAAGCAAGUUGGCCAUUCUGAGCGUGAAACGAUUAGCAUUAUUUUCACGCACCCCUCUCUUAAUCCCUCUGCCCCUUAAGAUAUAGCGUGACAGUAUAACGUCACUAUUUUGACCUAACUGGAAAUUCCAAAAAAAUUUGUCGUUCUACGGGUCAUAAAACGCGAAAAGGCACAGGCAGCCCAGUUAACAAGGGUCGGUGACAGCAAGAACCUAAAUUCUCCCCAAAUGAGUAAUGGUUUUUGGUCAAAUCAAUUCAUAUUGAAGAGUUACACUGCAGCUAACGUUAUUCACAUUUGUUUUUUUCAGCGAGUGCCUAAGAUUCUGCUUCAUGAGAGUGAUUCAGGCUGAACUCGAUCGAGUAGCCCAGCACUGGAAUUUGCAUCGUAUCCGUUCGCAGCAUAAUGUGGAAAGUCCCCCUGGUCGACCAGAUACGCUCUUCUUUCUCCCGGAACUAGAGGGUAAUUGUAUAAGCCAUCGUUUCACAUGAAAAAAUAAUAUUCGACAGAAAAUUAAAGUUAAAGCCCCAAAGAAGAUUAAUCUUGGCGUAGAUGAGGAUUUGUAUGUCCCCUAAAGGAGACCUUACUCCAACCUUGGGUCAAACACACCUGAUGCCCGCAUUUACUUAUAAAUUUUAGUUGUUUAGUAGCUGUUAGUUUUCAUCUAGAAGAUGUUGUAGAUAUUUCGUUACCCACAACCUUAAAGGACCUUUACGGAUAAACAUACUGGUCUUCCGCACUAAACGUCCUAAGUAAGAUCUACCAUUUCUAACCGUUACCGCGACAACGAGCUUCGCCGUUAUUUUCAUAUGGUAAGCCCCACCCCCCGGAAAUUAUAUUCAUGUUUUCUCUAUAUUUUCCGACCCCCGUUCAACGAACUCGUAUAAAGAGAAGUGAUUACGUCAAAUAACUGUUGUACUGAGGUCAUGAACUUUGAGACCGUACCAAAUCGAAUAACCGGAACUCUUUUUCACACGCAGGUACAUCGUCCUAUCUGCAUCCAGUUUCUGAGAGUGAUUUGAAAGCUGGUGAAACAUGCUGCUCUUCAAGGAGGAAAGAUCUGGUAUGA